AUGGAGAAGCAAGGUGUUCCCAUGAACCAAUACCCUCAGUCGCCCGACAUCGCGCACGCGCAGCAACAACCUCCUACCUACCAUCAAGACUCCAACGCACAGGCGCAGUUCCAGCAAGGCCAUAUGUACCAACAGCCCACUGGACAACAGUACACUAGCUCGCCGCCUCCUCAGCAGGGAUAUGCCUCUCCUCCACCUCAGCAACACCAGGGCCAAUUCGCCCCCGGCGCCGACCAGAAGGGCCUCCAGCCCCCUCAGAACCCUGGGAUGCCUCCGCAGCAGCAGAGCGGCACUGUCUAUCAGACCGCGACGCCGCUCAUGAACUUGAACCGCUCGCCUGCGCCCGCUGAUUGCCCGGCGUGUGGACAGAGGUCUAUGACCACCACACAAUUUGAGACCGGUAACACUACACAGUAA